AUGUCCUCUGGUCUUCAUGUGGUGGAGGUGGAGGUCCAGAGGGCUGGGGUCUGUGGUGGACAGAUGGAGGUCCAGAAGGAUGGGGUCUGUGGUGGACAGGUGGAGGUGAAGGCGGAGCUGUCCGAUGGAAGUGUCCUCCUGCUGAAGAGGACGGAUGAAGAUUUAGCCUGGAUGAUGAAGAAGCUGGUGGACAGUUUCCCUGACGACAGAGAGACUCUGUCCUCCAGACUGCUGAACGCUUUGUUGAAAGUUCGAGCUGCAGAACAAAGUUCAGAUCCUCAAGUGAAGGUUCAGGAAGUAAAUAGACUUUUGAACAUCAUCAUCAACCUGCCCUGCAAGGUACUACACAGUACCACACAUCGACAGACCUUCAGAAAACAGGGCCAGAACCUCAGGACUGAAGACCAGAUCCAGAGGACUGGAGACCAGACCCUCAGGACUGAGGAACAGAUCCAGAGGACUGAAGACCAGACCCUCAAGACUGAAGACCAGAUCCAGAGGACUGAGAACCAGACCCUCAGGACUGAAGACCAGAUCCAGAGGACUGAAGACCAGACCCUCAGGACUGAAGACCAGAUCCAGAGGACUGAGAACCAGACCCUCAGGACUGAAGACCAGAUCCAGAGGACUGAGAACCAGACCCUCAAGACUGAAGACCAGACCCUCAGGACUGAAGACCAGAUCCAGAAGACUGAAGACCAGACCCUCACGACUGAAGACCAGAUUGAGAAGACUGAAAACCAGACCUUCAUAAACAAGGACCAGACCAAAGGUGCUGAUCAGACCUUCAGACCUGAGGAGGACCUGGAGUCCAGGGUGUCCCGAAGUCUGGGACAUUCAGAGGUCCUGAGAUCCAACGGUUUCUGUUUGGCAAACACUGAGACCAUCCUGUUUGACCUGACUCCGCCCACACAGGAAAUCAGCCAAUCAGAUGAUGCCACAGGAAGACGACCCAGUGUCCAGCCUCCUGCCUGUCUUCAGCUCUGUCAUCCGUCUGUCUCUCCUCAUCUUCUUCGUGGUUUCACAGGGAUGAUGGGGAGGCUGGUGAAGAGGCGGAGCUUCAAGCACAGGAUGAACCCGCCUCAUUCCUGUAUUCCGUCGACCUGAUCUCCUACCUGCAGCUGUCCUGUACUCUGCUGGACUCUCCGGAGACGGAUAUCCUAGACUGAGGACAGACCAGGACGGGAAGGACAAACUAGGCAAAGCAAUGAAGAAGACAAACCAAACAGUGAACAGAAAAACACCUGUGGACUCAUGAAUGGACUAUGAAUGGACUCAUGAAUGGACUAUGAAUGGACUCAUGAAUGGACUAUGAAUGGACACAUGAAUGGACAGAAUUCAGACACAAAUGAGAAAAAUAUAGUUUUAAAAACCUAAAAAAAAUGGUGUCUUGGCCUCAGUUUCUUUAAGGACAGAAGUGAAUGUAGCUCAUGUUCUCCAUCAUCUGUGUUUGUGAGAAACUGAAGAAAAACAUGUAUUUAAUAACAACAAACAAACACAAACAAUAAAUGUCAUGAAUUGAAUUAAAUCUACAUUUUAUUGAAUGUGUGACAAAGUGUUUUCACUGGUGG